AUGGGUGAACAAUUUGCGGCGUCUGAGCCUUUCACCAUCAAGGAUGAGCCAAUUGAGAAUCUGCGACCACUGAAGGUCAUCGUCAUUGGGGCGGGAUUCUCGGGGAUAUACACAACAAUUCGUUUAUCCCAGCGGCUGAAGAAUGUCAAGAUUCAGACUUACGAACAGAAUGAGGAAACCGCAGGUGUAUGGUGGAUGAACCGUUACCCUGGCAUCGCUUGCGACAUCCCAUCCUAUUCCUAUCAGUUCAGCUUCGCUCCCACCCCAAACUGGUCCUCGCUGUAUGCACCAGGACCGGAAAUCCGCAGUUAUAUGCAGGGAGUUGCUCAAAAGUAUGGCGCGAACCGAUUCAUCAAGACAUCCCACGCUGUGGAAAGCUGUGUUUGGAACGCUCGUCAGAGACAAUGGCAGGUCAAAGUCCAGGAUCUCAAGUCUGGCCUCGUCUUUGAGGAGACAGCUGAUCUUGUCAUUUCGGCUAAGGGUGGCCUUAAUCAGAUCAAAUGGCCUAAGAUCAAAGGCAUAGAAGACUACCAGGGUAAACUCAUGCAUUCCGCUGCAUGGGAUGAAAGUGUUGAUUUGCGCAACAAGCGAGUUGGAGUCAUCGGCAAUGGCUCCAGCGCCAUUCAGAUUGUACCCGCGAUUCAAAAGCUCGACGGGAUCAAGGUCUGGAAUUUCGCGCGAAGUCCGACCUGGGUUUCGACUUCAUUUGGCGAUCUAGCGAUGACCAAGAUGGGGAUGGACCCCAAGAUCAACACAUUUCCCGAGGAGCAUAGAAAGCGUGUCACAGAUGACCCUGAGCUAUUUUACAAACUCCGCAGGACGCUCGAAGAAGAGGCUUCCAAGAAGUAUCGUUUCGCCCUGAGAGGCUCGGAAGAACAAGCCAUUGCUCUGGAGAAGUUUACAAACCACAUGAAGGAACAACUGAAAAGCCGGCCUGACAUUUAUGAAGCCAUCAUUCCAACGUUUGCUCCCGGAUGCCGGAGACUCACUCCUGGCCCAGGAUACCUCGAGGCUCUCCAAGAGCAGAACGUGACCUUCAGUAAUACGCCGAUUCAACAGCUGACUUCGACGGGUCUCAAGCUCCAGACGGGCGAGCAGGUUGAUCUGGAUGCGAUUGUUUGCGCCACUGGCUUUGAUGUCCAGGCGGCACCUUCAUUCUCCGUCACUGGUCGCAACGGCGUAACGCUACAGGAGAGAUGGUCGCCUCAUCCAGAGACAUAUCUCGCCAUUGCCGUGGACGGAUUUCCGAACUUCUUCCUCAUCGGCGGGCCCAACUCUGGUCUUGGCUCCGGCAGCCUUCUCGCCGUCCUCGAGGCCCAGGCUGAUUAUGCGAUCAAGAUGAUCCGGAAGUUGCAGAAGGAGGACUACGCGACUUGUGAAAUCCGGCCGGAACUUGUCGCCGACUUCAGUCGUUAUAUCGAUGAGUACUUCAAACAGACCGUGUACACGGAAGACUGCUCGUCUUGGUAUCGCUCAUACGACAAGGGUGAUCGUAUCGUGGGGCUGUGGCCUGGGUCGUCAUUGCAUUGCCUCGAGGCAUUGCGAGCGCCGCGAUGGGAGGACUUUGUCUUUGAAAGUGUGGAGCCUAAAGGCAACUUGCUGAGGUGGCUAGGCAGCGGCACCAGUUUGACGCUCAGCGACGGUGAUCCUGCGUGGUACAUAGAUCCACGUUAUGUUGACGUGCCAGAGGAGGGGAGGCCUGAGGAGGCGCAGGUGUAUCAUCAGCGACCAUUUUCGCACUAG